CAGGUCCCUACAUACACUGUUAGUAUUUUAUGGCUGAAGUGACCAGUUUGUGGCACAGAGUCGUCCAUUUUAGAGUUUAAGAUUUCUUUCCUUCCCUUUUCAGUGUUCACCACUAUUCUCAUCCAAAUUGUCACUUUCUCUCCUCUUAUCAACUCCAAUCAUUUAAGAUUUCCGUAUUUUUGGCUCAGCUACGUCAAUAAUAAACCUUACUUUGAAACUGAUAUCCCUCACACCCUCUAUAUAUUGCAUGCUAUAAUCCAACUAUACUAUCAACAACCCUCUUCACCCUUUCAACAUUUUCUUCUCUUCUUCGCUUUCUAAGUCCUUUCCUUUCUCAAUCACUUAACUUCUCUUCUUGGCUAGCUAUUGCCAAGAAUGGCCACUUCUUUCUCUGCCAACUCUUCCAAUAUUGCCACAAACAAGGUAACAGAAGGAGAUAGCAGCUACAGAGAGGAAUCUGCUAUGGAGAGAAGUAGCAGAGCGGAUGAAAAGAAAAUAGGAGGAGCGAAAGUUGCAAGCCUCUUGCUAGUGAAUCAAGCACUGGCUACACUAGCCUUCUUUGGAGUUGGAGUGAACUUGGUUCUGUUCCUAACCAGAGUUCUUGGUCAAGACAAUGUGAGUGCUGCUAAUAAUGUCAGCAAGUGGAUAGGAACUGUUUAUAUGUUCUCAUUGAUCGGAGCAUUUCUGAGUGAUUCAUACUGGGGUCGAUACUUAACCUGCACGGUGUUUCAGCUUGUUUUCGUUCUGGGCUUAGCACUGUCCUCUUUGUCAUCUUGGCGUUUCUUGAUCAACCCAGCUGGUUGUGGCGAUGGAAAUACUCCUUGUAAACCUUCAUCAAUUGGAGACGACAUUUUCUACUUGUCCAUAUAUCUAGUAGCAUUUGGUUAUGGGGGGCACCAACCCACCUUGGCAACAUUUGGUGCAGACCAAUAUGAUGAGAAAAAUCCAAAAGAGAGGAGUGCAAAAGUAGCUUUCUUCUGCUACUUUUACUUUGCCCUCAAUGUUGGUUCUUUGUUUUCCAACACUGUACUAGUCUACUACGAGGAUACAGGGAAGUGGACAAUGGGUUUCUUGGUAUCAUUGGUCUCCGCUGUCAUAGCCUUUUUGGCUUUCUUGCUGGGAACUCCGAGAUACAGGUAUGUAAAGCCAUGCGGAAACCCAGUGGUGAGGGUUGCUCAGGUAUUUUCUGCUGUUGUUAGGAAAUGGAAGGUUGCUCCAGCAAAGGCAGAAGAACUUUUUGAGGUCGAAGGAUCACAAUCUGCCAUAAAAGGCAGUAGAAAGAUUCGGCACACAGACGAUUUUGAAUUCAUGGACAAGGCAGCUACAAUCAAAGACAGCGAGGAGCAGAGUUCAAAAAAUCCAUGGCGGCUUUGCACUGUGACACAAGUGGAGGAAGCAAAAUGCGUGUUAAGAAUGCUCCCGGUUUGGCUAUGUACCAUUAUUUACUCAGUAGUGUUUACACAAAUGGCUUCUCUUUUUGUUGAGCAAGGGGAUGUGAUGAACUCCUAUAUAGGAAGUUUUCAUUUGCCAGCAGCGAGCAUGUCUGCGUUUGACAUCUGCAGUGUCCUUGUAUGCACUGGAAUUUAUCGCCAAAUCCUUGUUCCAUUAGCUGGAAAACUAAGUGGUAAUCCAAAGGGACUGAGUGAGCUUCAAAGAAUGGGAAUUGGCCUAAUUAUUGGUAUGUUUGCAAUGGUUGCAUCUGGUGCCACAGAGAUUGCAAGACUCAGACGAAUUAUUCAUGGACAGAAGACAAGUUCCCUGAGCAUAUUUUGGCAAAUCCCACAGUAUGUUUUGGUUGGUGCUUCAGAAGUUUUCAUGUAUGUUGGUCAAUUGGAGUUCUUCAAUGGGCAGGCACCUGAUGGCAUAAAAAGCUUUGGUAGCUCACUUUGCAUGGCUUCAAUUUCUCUUGGAAACUAUGUAAGCAGCAUGCUGGUGAACAUGGUUAUGAUAAUAACAGCAAGGGGUCAAAACAAAGGUUGGAUUCCUGAGAAUUUGAACACAGGGCACAUGGACAGGUUCUUCUUUCUGCUUGCAGGGUUAGCUGCCUUUGACUUUGUGCUAUACUUGUUGUGUGCUAAGUGGUACAAGAACAUCAAUGUUGAAGAUGGUGACAUGGAAGAGCAAGAGCAUGAUGAUGAUGAUGUAAACAGCAAGGUUUGAGAGUUUGAACUUGUCAAACAAUGCAACUGUUAUCAGUAUUUAUUUUCUCUCCCAAGCAUUAUUGUAUUCACUCAAUAAGAGCUAGCUGCAUUCUGUGUUAGGCUUCUGUUUGUCAUGAAUUUUGGCUAAAGGAUAAUGAUGCCAGUGAUUUUCUUAAUUGCUGGUUACAUUAUCCAUUUAUACCUUAGAAUUAAUCGUGUACAUUUUAAAUUAAUGAAUAUAUAUCAUUUACAAAUA